CAGUUGUCGGUCGGUCGCCGUCGAGCACAUACGGAGCAUUUCGGCGAGCUCUCACACACUGAUUCACAGAGCUGCACCGGUUUGUCGGAAUAACAGCCCCCGGCUUUGCCACGACUCAGGUGAAGACAUUUCUGAAUAAGCAUGAGGACGAAUGUAGGGUAAAUCUGAUGCGGGCUCCUGAGCGGGUGAUGCCGGAAGCUUGUCUUUCUGGAGCGCACGUUUCGUUUUUGCAGAGUGAUCAAUGAAAACCGGAGGAAAACACAAGACGGAAACCGAACCCGACCUUGCCAUGGAUGCGAGAGCGCAGUGAUGCUGUGGCUACAGCUGUGACUGAAUAAAGGCAGAAAUAUACGACCCGAAAAACGACAAGAAGCGACAAGAAGAAGUUCUGCAGACUGAAUACUGAGACUGUGCCUUUUACGGAGCAGAUGCUGCAGAUGUUACUUUAGUGAGGACAGGUUAAUUGAUCCUGAGGACCGAGCAGACACCCCCUCCAACACAGACCAGAGGAUGGUCCCCGGGGCCCCCAGCACGACCACCACCAUGCUCCCCGCAUCCGAGGCUGCCAAAAUCUACCAGACCAACUACGUGCGCAACUCCCGCGCCAUCGGCGUCCUGUGGGCCAUCUUCACCAUCCUCUUCGCCAUCGUUAACGUGGUGUGCUUCAUCCAGCCGUACUGGAUCGGAGACGGCGUGGACACCCCGCAGGCAGGCUACUUCGGUCUGUUCCACUACUGCAUCGGGAAUGGGCUGUCCCGGGACUUGACCUGUCAGGGCAGCUUCACCGAGUUCAGCACCAUCCCCUCCGGUGCGUUCAAGGCCGCCUCCUUUUUCAUCGGCAUGUCCAUGGUGCUGGUCCUCACCUGCAUCGGCUGCUUCGCGCUCUUCUUCUUCUGCAGCACCGGCACCGUGUACAAGAUCUGCGGCUGGAUGCAGCUGGCUGCAGGUACGUGUCUGAUCCUGGGCUGCAUGAUUUACCCGGACGGCUGGGACAGCGACGAGGUGAAGCGGAUGUGCGGCGAGCAGACGGACAAGUACACGCUGGGCGCCUGCUCGGUGCGUUGGGCCUACAUCCUGGCCAUCAUGGGCAUCAUGGACGCGCUCAUCCUCUCCUUCCUGGCCUUCGUCCUGGGAAACCGCCAGGACAGCCUGAUGUCUGAGGAGCUGUUGGGAGACAAGAGCGGUAAUAACGCCAUUUAACUUCUGGUAUGAGUAAAGCAGUCACACACACAUACAGGUCUUGCUGCCUAGACGUGACGUUACUUCAGGACCCAGCAUCCCUCUCCUGGACCAGCUUGAGGCUGGGAUGCAGAGCUGAUGUGUGAACAGAUCAAAGAAGAAGACGAGGAGGUCUGGAAGAGGCCACGCAACCUUGUGGGGGGACACCAGGAUGCCUCUUGUCCUCCCUGAACGCUCCCUCUGUAAAAUAACCUUCUCAGUCAUCUUAAACUGCUUAUUUUUGCAGGAUGGAUUCUACAAACAGACUUUCUCUGAGUUUACCUGUGUUGGUAUGUCACUGCAUCAUCUUACCCAAGAAAGCUGCCAGUGCGCAGGUUCAACUGGAGAAGAAAAAAAAAAAAAUCAGAAAGACUCCUCAUGUGGUAAAUCAGCUCCAGGACAGUCAUUGGACAAACACCACGGA